GAGUUGUCAAAAGUGUGGGAAUCGUCGCUCGCGCUGAUGUCUCGUUGAGCCAAGGCGGAUAUUUCUUUGAACUCUUAGCUGCCGACGCUUUUACUGAGUGUACUGCUGAAGGAAAACACCUUGGAUCCCAAAGUUAAUGCAGGUGGGAGAUUUCCAACAUAGAGCUGUACUAUCUUAAGCUUCAAGUUAUUGCAGUGCCCACCGCACCGCUUCUUGCCAAGUACUCACGUUAACGCUGCCUUCCCGAUGGCUACCCGUGCAGACAGUAAGUUGGUAGGCAACCCGUCACAGCACUUGAAUUCAGAAUAGACCGUUUGAAGCGGGUGCCUGCAUCCGCGUGAUUUUCGCUCUCCCCAGCGUUUGCGGCACAGGUGAUUUAAUUACACACCACUAUCACAUCUUUCGUGCAUUCACUCAGGGCUACUCUUGGCUAGGGCUGACAUGAUAUUGGAAUGCACAGAAUGUCAGAUCCGAGGAUUCGGCGUCGCGCAUCAAUCAAACUCAAAAUCAUGAUAUUUGGCCACCGACUAGUAAUACCCAGCCAUGCUAUUCAUUACGUGAUCGAUUCUCGCCAUCUAGGACGAAAUUCCCCCCCACCGCGAGUCUGCCACUUUUUUUUCAAGAUAUCACUUGACCACACGGCACACCCAUCUCUUAUCACCAUCUUCCUCUUAUUCCCUCAUUUCUUGAGUAUGCACCUCCUUGGCUUCUUUACAUGCAUCGCUUCUUGUCUCUCUGUUGCUCGUGCUUUCAGUGUGACAGUCGGGACUCCUACUGUAUGUGAACCUCUCAGCAUUUCAUGGACUGGUGGGCAAGCACCAUUUGAAAUACUCUUAGCUCCCUCUAACCAAAUAUACCAGAAUAUACAGGUUCCUGCAUCGGCCUUCAGCAAUGGACAAGGCUCUUAUUCAAUAUCGCAAUUGUCGCUGUUGUCGGGAACGUCGUUUGUACUCAUUAUGUCUGACGCCACUGGAUUUGGUUCGGGUGGGACGACAAACAAAUUAACUGUUGCGAGUUCGGCUGCAAAUUGCGGCGCUGCAAAUCCAUCACCUCCUUACACGUUCGACUUGUCUCCGCUGCCGCUGACGCAAUGCAGUCAAUUUAAUGUUACGGUCAAUGGUGGUGCAGUCCCGCCCAUUACUAUUGGGCAAAUUAUUCCUGGCGGACUAUCGGUACUAUUCAAUUCCGGUAGCAACACUUUUAGCUCGACUUUAGAUGUCAGCGCAGGGACGAGCCUCCUGUAUUUUGUCAACGACUCCUUGGGCAACCAAGGUGGGGUCUCUCCGUACGAGGUGGUCUCAGGGUCGAGUGUUUCCUCGUGCCUAAACGCCAACUCGCCGUCAUCCACUCCAAACACGCCGGCCACAAUCACAGCCACGGUCGUAACCACGACCCAGGCUUCACCAUCAUCUAGUUCAAGCAGUUCAUCGAAUAGUUCAUCAAGCAGCCAUAUUGCUAUUAUCGCAGGCGCAGCGGGCGGCGGUGGGGCUGUCCUUAUUGCGUUGGCCAUCCUCGGCAUAUGCUUGCGGCGUAAACGAAAGGCAUCUCGCUUGUUGGACGUUCAGUCUUCCACACAAAGCUAUCCACGUCAUUUGCAGCGUACAGACCCAAAUUACGAAGCCGGCCCUCACAGUGACGUCCCACCACAAUUCCCCUUCGCAUACAAGACAGACCCCCUCAGCUACCAUACCCGCUCCAUUCAUCCCAGCCUAGGAACCCAGUCAGAGAUGACCAAUUCGUCCGCCGGCACAUUCGCAGUUGGCGCCCCUCUCUCACCAUUCAACCAGACACAACAUUCGCGCCAGAGCUCCAACACAGACUUUCCCGUCUAUGGAGAUACUCGAAGUUCGACUGUGUCAUCAUCUAACAGCCGCCAAUUACUCCUGUCUAGCGGAAACUUCACAGCUAACAAUCCUCACACACCGUUCAAUCAGACACUGCAUUCACGCCAGAGCUCAAACGCAGACAUGUAUGCAGACGCUCGGAGCUCGGCUAUGUCAUCUGUUGACAGGCGAAUGGCUACCGUCGCUGAAAUACCAUCACCAUGGGAGACCGUUCCUGUUAGUUACCUUGGUCCAUCCAUUCAACCUGGAUCCCAGCCAGGUCCUAUUAAUGCGUCUGCCACCAACAUGGCGACUAGGGAUUAUCACGCACCCUUCAAUCAGACGCAGCCUUCACACAUGAGCCCUAACACAGACUUUCCUGUCUAUGGUGACGCUCAAAUGUCAGAUACGACACCUGCCGAGCAUAUGGCUGUGGGGGCUCGACCAGCAUCACCAUUACCACGGAAGGUAGACCUUGUCUACCUUUCUCCACCCGUUGAACCCGGAUCUCAAUCAACUUCAACCUCUACCGGCAAUGUCGGAGUCAAGAACCCUCCCACGCUGUUCAAUCAAUCACAAAACUCCCAUCAGAGCCCUGACACAGACAACUUUGCUGUACACGGAGCAUCUGGGCCUCAGUCCAUGACGCCAGCUAGCGCGCAAACAGCCUACCAACCUCCUACUCGAAUCAUCGUGCAUACCGACGCUGAUGAUGUUGUGCCAGACAACAAUGGUGUAGUUGAACUUCCGCCACAGUAUUCAGAACAUCGGGGAAUUCGUGCCUCGUAAUCUGAGUCUGUGUUAUGAUUACGUCCCCACACGCUUGAGUCUUCAGACAUGGAUAAUCCGAGGAAACCUCUUGGAAAUCGAGUCAAUCACUCAGAAUUACCGAAUCACAUUUUACGCUUUUGUUUACAAAGUCCGGUCCAUGUUCCAUUGCAUUCACAGCAGUUUAUUUUGAACACCGUUACGAAUCUACUCAUUUUUAGUCAAAGCCAAGAUGCGGAAAACGUCCGAAGUGUCUGAACGUUGUUUAUUCUA